GCCCGCUCUGCUGCGCCGUGCGUGCGCACUUCUACCCUGGUUGGGGCGCUCGGGGCUCGCGGCUGCACCAUGGACAUUAACCAGCCCAAGCAGGAGCACCUGCUGGCCCUGAAAGGUCCCGUUUCCCACUGAUCUUUGCAGCAUGGGGCAAGGAAAUUCUUGUAAAUAAGAUGUUUCAAUCUAGACUUAUGAAUCCUCAUCAAGAGACUAUUCUUGUAACUAAGAAUAACUGGAUUGCUACUGCACAAGCAUGGAAGUGGUCUUACAUUAUCGACCACAUCAGAGAGAUCUGACAGAACUGCACAAAUUUGCAGAAGCGGCAGUGAAGGAGCUUCCCAUUCGUCAGUUACCAAGAUUCACACCCUGGUUUCCAAAUGAUUUGUACAGACUUCCGCUCAAACCCAAAAAGCAACCACCUGUUAUUUCUUCUGAAGAAGCAGAAGAAUUGAAACAACUUACUACACCUUCAGAAUGUAUUGUAGAAUCUCCUAGCUAUGACUGCACAAAAAAUCUCCUUGAAUUUCGGUCUGAUAUGAAUCACGGGCAGACUUUAACCCACACACAAAAUGGCCACAGGCAAAUUAACUUGGAAAAUCAAGGAGAACCACCAUCUAAUGAGAAACAGAAAUUGAAAAGGUCUUGGAGUGUCUCUCUCUGUAGCCCUAAGCUUAAAGAAAAGAUUCUUCCUCUAUCUCAAGAACUUCAAAACAAUUUGGAAAGACUUAAAUUGCAUGCAUUUUAUAGAGCAAAGUGGACAAUUGAGCAGUCUAAUUGUAAUAACCAGAACUUGGAGGACAUCUGGAUAAAAUUAAAUAGACUGAUCAAGCAGAAUGAAUUGCCGUCUUGCAAUGCUACUAUCCAAAGAUCUUUGGGACAGAUAUGGAUUUUCUGUGAUAUACUGUACUGUGAAUAUAUUAGAAAUAUUCUUAGGGAAAAGCUGAGCCUUACUGAUAAAAUGAAUUUGCUUGUACAUAAAUUUGGAAUUAUAUUUAGUUUGUGAUUGUAACAUAGUUUUGUAACAAUAUUGUUGUCUGAAGUAGUUUCUAGUUAGCUUAGUUUUUAAGCAGCUUAAAAUACACAAACUUCAGAACAGCUGAUGAAUUAAUUAAGAGAAAAUAACUGUUACUUUACUACAGUUUUCAAGUUGUAGUAGUGUAUUUAAGUUUAUUUUGUUGGGAAAAUCGUGAAUGGGUCAAUGAAGAUUAAUACAUUUGCCUCUCGCAUUCACCUGCAACAUGCAUUUGUUUGAUUUAGUACAGUAUUCUGUGUUUUUUCUCUCGUCCUUUGUCUAAAGGAAAAAAUAAUACUUCUGCACUUAAUUUCUCCAGGAUAUUCCCUUUGGAGUUUUGCUUGUUUUUCUUCAUAUGAUAAUGUUUGAAUAAUAAUAGUUUAUUGUGGACAUUGCAUACCUCUUUGUAGUUUAAAACAAAGGAUAUUGAACAUUGACAUGCAUUUUUAAACUUUGGCUGAAAGCUGAAUGUUCUGUAUUAUUAUUUGGUGUAUUUGUGGGAUUUAAUAUUACUGCUUAGCAAAACUGAUAUGACAGAUAACUAGUUGUUACUAUUAGUAGUAGAGCUUAUGUAGCCAAUUUACAUCAGUGAAAGUACUUUUCUGAUCUUAAAGAUAAUAGUAAUGAAGUUACUUUGUACUGCCAGAAUUUUUAGAGAUACAAUGUAGUAAGAUGCAGAAUGUUUUAUUAAGUGUUAGAAUCUGAGGAAAAAAGCAAGAGGUAAUCUGUAAUACUACAAGAACAGAAUACUUCAGUAGUCUCAUUAAAUACAAUAAUCUACAUAUCUUGAUUUGUGCAUUUUGACUUCACUCCAUGGUGUACAUUUUUUAAUUUUAUUACUGUUAUCUUUAUUUUAAACUUGAGCUGUAACUCUUCCAUGAUAAGUAGUCGGUUCUAGUUAUAUAAGCUUAUUGUAGAUUUGAAGACAAUUAGGUAAUUGUCUAUAAUACAACCCCACUAUAUUCUUUAAAUAAACUUAAGACUUAACUAAGAAAACAUUCCUUGGUGGUAGAAAGGCUUUGCAAAGAGAUCAUGACAAAUGAGAGUGCUGGGCACUCACCAAGUGCCUGAGUUGUAAUGAGCAAGUGCCAGUUUCUGUGCCUGGAGCAUACAGAAUUGUGGAUGAGCAGCCCCCAUAGAAAGGGGUUGUGCGUUGUGGCUGAUGGCGAGUUAAACCAUGAGGCAGCAGUUUGCACUGACAGCCAAGAGUGGCAUCCAUGUCCUGGUGUGCAGUAGGCUCAGCACUGCCUGUGGGUGAGGGAGGGGUUGUCCUUUCUGUUCCGCACUGUGCAGCCUCACCUCCAGAUCUGGGUGUGGUUUUCGCGCCACAAUAUAUGGAGGACUUAAACCUAUUGGAGAGUGUCCAUGGAGGACUAUGAAUAUGGUAAAGGGACUGGAGGGCAAGGGGUAUGAGGAGUGUCUGACGCCCCUGAGUGUGCUCAGUGCAGAGCAGAAGAGCGGAGGGGAGGCCUGAUGGCGGCUGCAGCUCCUCACAGGUAGCGGAGGGCAGCGCUGAGCUCUGCUCUGUGUGACAGCAACAAGGCCUGAGGGAACGGCAUGGAGCUGUGCCAGGGGAGGGCAGCUGGCGGCUGGGGACAGAGUGUGCACCAGAGGGCAGUGGGCAGUUAAGCAGGCUGCUCAGGAUAGUGGUCAUAGCAGCAGUCCCGCUCAAGGACCAUCUGGCCAGCGCUCAGAGGCAGGGUUUGAAUUUUGGAUGUCCCUGUGUGGAGCUGGGGGCUGGACCCUGUGACUUUUGUAGAUCCUUUCCAACUUGAUACUCUACAAUCUGCCAAAAUUUGGAACAGAGAUCAGUGCCACUAUUCGGUUGUAGUUGUCAGGUUUCUGCUGCUUUCUCUUAGCUGGCUUAUGACCAAUGAUACUGUGCUUGAUUACACCACAGCUGGAGAACUAAACAGUAGUAAAUGAAUGCAGCAUUUAGUUUUUCUAUAAAGCUAUUUGUUUCGGGUAGGACCAAUGUAGAAGUGAAGUAAAAAAAAUUCUACUUUGAGCUAUCUAGAACUGCUUUGUUCAUACGCACAUGUGAUUCAGUACCUUUUUCAGUUCCUAUGUAGAAUCCGCUUCUCUACUUACUCUGUUUUGUGUAUUUUGAGGCUUUUUGUUUACCGCAUGGUACAAAGCCUUCAGAGGUCAUAUUUUUAGUCUUUAAACACACAAAAGAGAAUGAUUUGAAGUUGUUGUUGUUUUACAUUUGAAAACUAAGAUUUGUUCGUGUAAAUACUAGCUUGUAUAGGUUUACUGUAUGAUAGUAUAAGUUAAUGUGAACCAUCCCACUACUAUAUGAAAGGAGUUGAAUAUUUUUAUACAGUUGGAAAUAGUGAAUGCUGAGAUGGUCUGUAAGUAGUACAAUAAAUGUGAAAUUGCAGUACAUGUUUCAGUGCAAGGUUGUUGUUUAACAUCUUGUAUUCAAAAGAAAUAUCAUGAUUUUUUAUAAAAUUUUAAGUUUUAUGUUUGGUAGAAGAAAAAGGAAUCAGUGCACUUUACAUAUUCAGAUCAAAAUUUGAGAUUGCAAAUGCUAAACUUAAGUUUUAUGUUGAUGCAUUCAUAUGAAGCAAUAGGCAAGGUGGGGGCACUGAUUUGUAUUAGUAGGGAGGAAAUUUCAAGAAUCUUGAAUAUAUAGUGCAAAUGAAAAUCAUGUGACCUUGAGUAUUCUGAGUUACGUGAAGUUAGAGAAUCGCAGAAUGGUUUGGAUUGGAAGGAAUCUUAAAUAUCACCUAGUUCCAUUCCCCCGCCUUGAAUAGGAAAACCUCCCACCAGACCAAGCUGCCCAGGAGCCCAUUCAGCCUACACUGAACACCUCCAGAGAUAAGCAGUCUGUGCCAACGCCUCACCAUCCUCUGAUUAAAGAACUUGCUCAGAAUACCUAAUCUGAAUCUGCCUUUUUUUAGUUUGAAACCAUUGCACAGUUUAUCACUGCGUUCCCUCAUGGAGUUCCUCUUCAGUUUUCUUGUAGCUCCCCUUUGGGUACGAGAGGACUUCAGUCAGUUCUUCUUGGAGUCUUCUCCUCUCCAGGAGAGAAGAGCUCGACUCUCAUCAACCUCAGCUCUCUGUUUCUAUCUUCAUAGAAGAAAUGCCAUUGAAAGCACAACCUUCUUGAAGUAGAGUUUUGUUUUUUUAAUCAGAAGAUCUUGAUGAUUUUGAUUUUAUUGGUAUCGAUGAAAGAUCUUAUAAGAAGAUCCUUGAGUUUUUUGGCCCUUUUGCUGUUGUAUUGACAAUCUUGGCUCCUUACUUCAAUCUUGGCUCCUUAAUUCUAUGUAUAUCAUAUGUA